UGGCCAGGUUGCUCGGUCUCCUGUGCAGUGCAGAGACGACAGCGGUCACUUGAAGGCAUACCACAGUUUUGUGGUUGAACUAAACGUCGUGUCCACUUGAGCAGAAUUUUCAGCAGGUCAGGGAAAGUGCUUAAUACCAACUUCAUGAAGGGAAGUCUCGGUAAAUACAUGAGGGGGAGGAAUCGAGGGAUGUGUUAGAGGAAGUCGGAGGGAGAAGCCUCGUGUGGAACAUGAGCCCCAACAAUAGAGCAAUAGGGCAGAAUGGCGUAUUCAUGUACAUAAGCUCUGUAUACUCCAUUGUACAAAGGCUUGACGAAUUUUCAGUACGUUAGUGAGAUUCUGCACGUCCUGAUUAACGUUUCUUCUUUGAAUCGAGACUUUGGGAUUCUGGAGCCUAUCUAUAGACCUUUCGUCAGGUGCCCCUCCAUUUCCCCUCAUCCCUUCUUCUUCGAAGGUGCCCCUUUUAAAUGCCUAUCUAUUCUCCUGCUGACCUAUUUGAAUACAACUUCAGCCGAUUUAUCCUUAGCAAUUUUGUAUUUAAGCAUAUUACGAGUUCCGUCUCUCUUGUGUGUAUAUAUUUCCCAGUCCUGGCCCGUCUCUCUUGUGUGUAUAUAUUUCCCAGUGCUGGCCCCUUUUGACUGCUGUGUAUUCGUAACCUUUCUAGUUCUGAUUUAAAGUGUGAACCUGAAGCAGUGUCGGUUCCCUCACAGGCGCGCAUCUGACUUGGGUGUAAUCGGAGCAUCUUUCCGUCUCUUUCUUGUUGAUGUAUUUCCCCCUGCACGGCACCAACCUACCUCGGCAUUUCCAUAAAAUUAAUCAGGAGUAAUUAUUUCUCCUACACGCACAUACACAGAUGGCGUUCAUUUCUGCGGGAGGAAUCGAGGGAUGUGUUAGAGGAAGUCGGAGGGAGAAGCCUCGUGUGGAACAUGAGCCCCAACAAUAGAGCAAUAGGGCAGAGAAGUGUAUUACAUCAGAAGAGAUCCAUCUGAUUAUAAUUCAAGUAAAUUCGUUGACUGCACAUGAUACUUUCCGCGUUCUGUCAAUGACUGAUGCCAUUCACAGUUCGCCCCAACUUUAAGCUCAGAAUUCCAGACGAAGAGCUCGAAGGCAGCCAGGACACGGGUCCUCUGUACUCCAGCGUGGCUGAAAGCCUGUGCAAAUCGAUGGAGUGGAAUUUGCUGUCUUUCUCUAUCGCUGUCUCCCCGAAACUGGAAGAUUCUCCUUUCUAAAAAAAACUUGUACAAGCCCGCCGCUAACGCGACGUGUCUUGGGCUGUAACCCCUAUGGGAUCCUCUCCGACCUAUUUGUUACGGCUGCUCUGAUCUAUCUGUUCCCCCCAUGGCGCGCGGAGAAGUUGGGUCUAGUCUCGGACUGAGGAAGCUUUCAGUGACUGUAUCUCAAGGCUAAGAGUUUGGAGUGGCGGACCCUACAAGCGGUGACAUGCAUUUGUUACCGGCCCUGGUGAUGUGUGUUGUAUCCCUGCCUGGUACCACAGCUGCCAGAACAAUUAAAUUACUAGCAGAGAUAGAGGACAGCCUGCUGAAAAACUUGUUUCAAGGAUACCAGAAAUGGGUGAGACCAGUUAGAAAUAUCAGUGAUACAAUAAAAGUAAAGUUUGGACUGGAAAUCUCCCAGCUGGUGGAUGUGGAUGAAAAGAAUCAACUAAUGGCUACGAAUGUUUGGUUAAAACAGGAGUGGAAUGACUACAAACUGAGCUGGAAUCCAGAUGAUUAUGGAGGCAUCCACACCAUCCGAGUUCCAUCUGAAUCAAUCUGGCUGCCUGACAUAGUAUUAUAUGGGAAUGCAGAUGGACGGUUUGAAGUUUCCCUGAUGACUAAGGCAAUUGUGAAGUACAAUGGGACAGUAAGAUGGACACCUCCUGCAAGUUACAAAAGCUCUUGUACAAUAGACGUCACAUUUUUUCCAUUCGACAAACAAAACUGUUCAAUGAAAUUUGGAUCCUGGACCUACGAUGGAAGCAUGGUUGACCUCAUAUUGGUGGAUGAAGAUGUGGACCGAAAGGAUUUCUUUGAUAAUGGAGAAUGGGAAAUCUUAAAUGCCACAGGAAUGAAAGGAAUGAGGAGGGCUGGAUAUCACUUAUAUCCAUUUAUCACAUAUUCCUUUGUAUUGAGGCGCUUGCCCCUAUUCUAUACAUUGUUCCUGAUUAUCCCCUGCCUUGGUCUAUCUCUUUUAACUGUACUGGUUUUCUACUCACCAUCAGAUGAAGGGGAGAAGCUAUCUCUAUCCACCUCAGUUCUGGUUUCACUAACUGUUUUCCUCUUGCUUAUUGAAGAAAUAAUUCCUUCUUCCUCAAGAGUCAUCCCAUUGAUUGGUUGUGGAAGACUGGAAAUUUGUAGCUCAAGUCCUGGAUCGGAUUUUCUUAUGGCUGUUUUUGCUGGCAGCCAUUCUGGGAUCAGUACUGAUGUUUGCUCCAGCACUUCAAAUGUGGGCAAGCAUUGUAAUAAUGCCCAGUGCAAACUAUCAUACAUAACCUGAGGUUUGCAAGAUUGACAAUUUGGAUUUGUUUAGCUAAGAUGUCAUUUGUUAUUGGAUGUAACUAUAUUUUAUAAUAGGAAAAGGAUUUAAUAGUCACAAUUUGGGAGUCACAGCAAAACAAUUGUAUUCAUACAUGAUUGAAGUUCCAUUCAGCUGUAUCAGGUUUCUUUGUGCAAUUUUCCCUUAUGUGUAAAAACAGGGCAAAAAAAGGUUGAUGCAUUUCAAAGGCAAAUUAUAUCGAGAAUAAAGUUAGUUUCUAUGAUCUUUCAUGCUCUUCUUCUUAAGUAUAUUUUCAGCUAUUUAAAGAGGACUAUUCAUAGUCAGUGAUUAAAAAAUUCUUGUCUUUUGAUCAGCUCAUUUUCAGCUCUAUUUGACAAACUGAAGCAAUUUGACAUGAUUGAACAUAUAAAAGCAUAGGCUUUAAUGCAGUUCUUUCUGAAAUACAUUGCGUUCUAAGCAAAUAAAAACCAAUAGAACUGUAGAUGCUGUAAAUCAGAGACAAAAAUAAAAACUAUCGGAAAAGCUCAGCGGAUUUGGCAGCAUCUGAGGAGAGAAUCAGAGUUAACAUUCCGGGUCGAGUGACCCUUCCCAGUUCUGAGGAAGGGUCACACGACCAAAAAUGUUAACUAGGAUUUUCUUGACAGAUGCUGCUAGACUUGCUGAGGUUUUCCAGCAAUUUUUAUUUCUGUAUUCUAAGUCACUGUUUAAAUAUAUUUAUUCAAGGCAGAUUUGAUGUAUGGUGAUAUGCAAACUAUACUGAGUAGAAAAUUAAGCAAGACAAACUAUCACAAUUUUCAUCCCAAAGUCCAAAUUAUGCCCAAGGUCUAACCACAAAACCAACUGUAUAUGUUUGACAAUAAAAUCUCAUUCUAAAUAUUUUUAUUGAAUUGUAAAAUGUAAAAGUAUCAGAAUAUGCUGAAUUUUGGCACAAUACAGCAAUGUUUGUUUCAUAUCACAUCUUGUUUAUCUAUCAGCAAUGGUCACAUUGAACUUUGAAGCUUUUAUUUUAUUAUCAAUUAUGAAAAAAAUAUCUAGGAUGAUUAUGAGAGUUACAUCACUUCUCGAAAACAAGAAAACCACUUUGAUGUUCAGCAUUUGAGACACAUGCUCAUGUUCUUUAUGUGAAGUGUUUAAAUAUAUUUCUGGCUUAAAAGGAACAGAAAUAUUUGGAGAACAAAUAAAUUAUAUUAAAAUGUGAUCAUUAUCCAUGAUUGUUCAACUUGCCUGCAAUUUAUUGGAUUAAGGAGGCACAACACCUCAACAUGAUCAAAAUUAGGCAGUGAUGAUAGUCACUUUGUUAAAAAAAAUCCAUUCACCUUCAUGAUUUCUCAAAGGUAAUGUUCAUUAUGUAUUAGUCUUUUCAAUAAAAGAUGUAGCUCUUGACAAUCACAACAUUGUUCUUCGUGUUUCUCUAAUUUCAGAGAAUAAUGAAUUGAGGAACACUAGGUCUAUUACAUUGAUUAUUGAGCAACUUCACCACUCCUGCAUGUGUUAUGGUGAUCCAGCUACAAAUGAUUAGUCUGAGUCCAAGUCAGAAUUUCACUGUCUCCAUAUGCAAGUUGAAAUUGUGUGUGGUAGAGUAUGAGCUUUAUACUUCACAGCUUCAUUCACCUAUGGACACUCUCUCAGCCUGCGGCUCCACUAUUUGGUGUAGCAUACU